AUGAGUGAAAUACAGUCGAAACUGCGCACUAGAAUACAUACAUAUUCAAACGUGAAUGUUGUAAAACACGGACUUUUAAAAAACUAUAAAAUAACAAUAUUUCUUGAUUCACGUGGCUAAACCGUGGCUAAAGCUUACGACAUGUUCGACGUGAUUUCGAGUUUUAUCAUCGGACUGAUAAGCUACGUGUACAUAUUGUACGCGGCGGUCUUUGUGUCGAUCGCCUACUACUUUUCGACGUCCACACACGAUAAAUGGCGCAAACUCAACGUGCCCUACAUCAAACCCUUACCGCUGUUUGGCAAUUCGAUGAAAAUGGUCUUGUCCAAGGAGCACCCGUUAGACUUUUUCUCGGGCGUUUACAACCGAUUUCCAGACGAACAGAUUUGUGGAUUU